AUGAAGAAUCUGAUCAAACUCUCCGUUGCUAGAAAUGAUUUAGUUGGGGGAAUUCCAUCUUCUUUGGGAAACUUGUCAUCAUUGGACUAUCUCAGACUUCAACAUAACCAUUUGGAAGGAGGUAUACCCUAUGCUUUAGGCAGAUUAUCGAGCUUGAAAAUAUUUUCCAUUGCUGAAAAUAACCUGUCCGGUAUCAUGCCUAGUUCCAUCUACAAUCUUUCCUCUUUGACACAUGUUAGUAUGGGUCGAAAUAACUUAUCUGGUGGUCUUGCACCUCAGCUCGGUUUCGUUUUUCCGAACCUUGUAACACUGUAUCUUGCAGAAAACCAAUUCAAUGGAAGACUUCCGAGAUCAGUCUCUAAUGUCUCUGGUCUAAACCAGCUUGACAUCAGCUCAAAUGGCUUCAGUGGAUUAGUUCCUGAUGAUCUUGGAAAGCUUCGAAAUCUUCUGCUGUUCGAUGUUCACGAUAACGACCUUGGACUCGGGACAGCAGGAGACUUGGAUUUUCUUGCUUCUCUAAGAAAUUGCAGUGGAUUGCAGUAUUUGUUCAUCCAUGGGAAUAGAUUAGGAGGGAGGUUGCCAGACACCGUGGCAAAUUUAUCAGCACAGCUUGAAGCUCUUAAAAUGGGAGGGAAUCCGAUUUCUGGAAGCAUUCCUCAAGGAAUUGGUAAUCUUUACGGGCUUGAGGUUUUUUAUUUCGGGGAAAGCUUGCUUACAGGGAAACUUCCUGUUUCCAUUGGACAGCUUCAGAAUCUUGGCCAGUUAGACAUCUCUUUGAAUCAUUUAUCAGGUGAAAUUCCAUCCUCCAUUGGCAAUCUUUCUCGAUUGUUGUACCUUUACUUAAACGGUAACGAUUUUGGGGGAAGGAUUCCAUCGACUCUCAGGGGAUGCAAAGAUAUGGAGAAGAUGGAUCUUUCGCUAAAUAAACUCGGUGGUACGAUACCGGAUCAGCUGGUUGCUGCUUUUCAAAGUUUGAUUACUCUGAAUUUGUCUUACAACUCUUUCAAUGGUACCUUUCCAUCAGAUAUUAGGAAUUCAAAGAAUCUCGUAGAGUUAUAUGUUGAUAACAACAGUUUCUCAGGAGAAAUUCCAGAGCAGUUUGGUGAGAUUUCGGAACUAAAAAUCUUGCACAUGCAGGGAAACUACUUUCAAGGUAGCAUUCCUCGAUCUCUCGGCUCUUUACGAGGUCUCGAAAUCUUAGAUCUCUCUGGUAAUAACUUGUCUGGACCAAUACCGCUUGAACUUCAAAAGCUUCCAUUUUUGAAGAAGGGGUUUUCAAGAAUAUCAGUGGAUUCUCUAUUAUUGGGAAUAAGGAUCUUUGUGGGGGAAUUCCUGAAAUAG